GCCUCACUGGAAGUCCUGUCGCUCCACUAAACACCCUUCAGGUCGCCCAGUUGAACGGCGUGUUUGAUUGCUUGGCCCUCUCUGCUCCACAGCGUGCACAGUGCUCGGAGUCUCCGCCCACUAACCGUUAGCUGAAGUAACGGGCUAUCGUGCGCUGCGAUGUCGGGUGUAGUGCGAGGCCCCGCUGGGAACAACGACUGCCGGAUUUACGUGGGAAAUCUCCCCCCUGAUAUUCGCACAAAAGACGUGGAGGACGUGUUCUACAAAUACGGGACAAUUCGAGAUAUCGAUCUGAAAAACCGGAGGGGGGGGCCGCCUUUCGCCUUCAUUGAAUUUGAGGACCCCAGGGACGCCGAUGACGCGGUCUAUGGGCGAGAUGGGUACGACUAUGACGGCUACAGGCUGCGGGUGGAGUUCCCUCGGAGCGGUAGGGGCUCGAGAGGCGGCUCCGGUGGGAUCGGUGGAGCUCCCAGAGGACGAUACGGCCCGCCCUCCAGACGCUCCGAGUACCGGGUCAUUGUGUCCGGACUCCCUCAGAGUGGCAGCUGGCAGGACCUGAAGGACCACAUGCGCGAAGCGGGCGACGUAUGCUACGCCGACGUUUUCAGAGACGGAACCGGGGUUGUAGAAUUUGUGCGCAAAGAAGACAUGACCUAUGCCGUCCGAAAGCUGGACAACACCAAAUUCCGCUCACAUGAGGGAGAGACUGCUUACAUUCGUGUGAAAUUAGACGGUCCCCGCAGCCCAAGUUAUGGAAGAUCGUGCUCCCGCAGCCGUGGCAGUCGGAGCAGGAGCCGGAGUCCCAGCCGCAGCCGCAGCAAUUCCCGUUGCCGUGGCAGAGGAUCACCCCGCUACUCGCCUCGUCACAGCCGCUCUCGCUCCCGUUCUUAAACCUUUCUACCACCGAUGUUUUUGCCCAUGUUUUUACCACCCAUGUUUUUACCCUUCUGAUGUUUUUGCUCUCUUUCAUGAGUUUCUCCAGAUGUCAGCAAUUUAUUUGAAUGUUGGCAUUUCAUGUCCUGAUGUCUUUGUGGAUGAUCAUGGUAUGUAGAUGUACCUACCCCCCUCCUCCUCCUCUUUCACCCUCUCUCCCCCACCCUCUCCAGUUGCUUUGUCCUUUUUGUUUUCUCCUCCUCUCUCUGUCCUCUCAAUUUUUGCAACAUUAGGAAACAUCUGAAGAGAAGGAUUAAAGUGAUUUGGAAUAAAACCAUUGUGGAGCACAUUCAGUUUGUAUGGUCAGGAUAGGACAUUGAGGAGCAUUCAGGUCGAGGCAAUGGUACGCUUCAUAUUUCAUAAAUUGAACGUUUUGAUAGGUUGCCAUCAUGCAUGUCAUAUUUAAUAAGGCCAUAUGUGCUGUACUUUGUUAUAUAUACUAUUUUUAACUUGCUACUCUUGCUGGUGACAGAAUAAGCAGUCCUAGAUCAAGUGUUUGUGAUGUAAGUGUAACAUCUUUGCUGUCAAAUGUAAAAAUCUGAAUUACUACUUUGUUGCAAAAACGUCCCACCUUUUUAAAAAUGUCCUCAUUGGUUAACAUGUUUUAACUUCAGGGAGCUACAGUUUUUGUGCUCAGUGGUGUUUUUCUUUUUUCUUUCAUGAUCUAACAUGAGUGCACAAAAAUGGAAAAAUUAGGCCCAAACAUUUUGACAUUUUAUUCUAACAGUCUACCUCUGAUUUUCUUCCUGGUAUUUCAAGGUUUUGAAUGGAGGAGUGGCUCAGUGGAUCCCAAUCCUUGGAGCUGGAUGAGUGGAGCGAUUAGGAAAGGGAUAGGCAAGGAUGGAUGCUUGGAACGGGAUCAGUUUUCCAGGAUUCAAAUGAGUUUGAUUUCAGAACUAAUUAACAGGAGUCCCAGAGCAACAUUUUGUUUCCAUUAGGCCCCCAAUGUCUAUUUAAAGUGUUAAAUUGGUAAUGGCUUUAUUUUACAAGAAAACGAAACUGAGGACCAGGAAGUUGGAUCAAAGGAUGGAGUCGUAGAAGCCUGGUAUGAAGGAAUUAAACAUUGGGGAGUUUGGGAGGGGGUUUCAUGUGGGAGGGAUUCGUAUGUUUCAUUUUGCUUAAUCUUGCUUUUUUCUCUUAGCAUUUUCAAUAAAACACUUUC